UCCAUCCAUCCUGGCCAAUCUCCCUUGCGGAUGCGGUGUCAUGGCAUGAUGGAGGCUGAAGAAGAAGAGACACUUGGUCCACUACACCCCGGAACGAUUGCUCGCGACGCGUGAUCAUAGCGACGUUGAAAAGCGCUAGCGUUCCAGCUUCGAGGCUCCUACAACAUUGCCACUUGUUCGUUCCAAAGCUUUACUGUCGCUACAGCUUGGCUCGUACAGGAUGGACGAACUGCAGCAGUUCUACGCGCUUCUGUGGAAGAAUGUGUACGUCCAGACGCUGCAGCGUCACUACUUGUCUACAGCGCUGGAAGUAAUCUUUGUGGCAGUCUGCUUCGCCUAUUUCAAGCAAGAAAAGCCGCCCACGGAAUGGUUGCAUGACGGGAUAGUUACCCUUCCCGACGCAAAGCCGACGCAGUGGACUGUGGUUAACCACGUCGAUAGUAUCGUCUAUGGCCCAGCGGAUCGUCACAAGAAGUUUCUUGUCGAUGUAGGGUUGGCACCAUACACAUACGAAGGGAGCUCUUCAGACGCAACAACCACGGAACAAGGACAUCGUUUUCCAGCAGCAAAUAUCCACGCUUACGGGACACAGGAAGCUGUGGAGAAAUCCUGCGCACCUUCAAACAGUAGUCUCUGCUUCUUUGUGAACAGCCGUGGAUGGUCCUUCGACAUGACGAGCUAUACCACAGUGUGGAGCGAUACUCCACGACGAAUGCUGGAACUAGGUUUGAACGGUUCAUCCAGCACCGAGAGCGGCUUCAAAUAUCCCGGUAUCAACGAUCGCAUUAUUGCCUUUAAUAUUCCCAAUGCGCAUUUGAACUGGGCGCACCGGGGUAAAAGAUCACGACUGCGUCCAGUAUACACGCGCGCCUUUCCGCCCAUAGUGCUCCCGAAGAACGUGGAUCCUUACCGACCAGACUUCGGACUCCUGUUAGCCGCAGCCUUCUUGCUGCCUUUCUGUCUCCGGAUCAGCACCGUCGUCGCGGAGAAUUCCUCCGGGACUAAAGCACGUCUGGAAGGCAUGGGCGUCUCCGUUUUCUGGCUAAGCCACGGUGUGUCCUGCUUUCUCGUCCUCUUCGCAAGCGGCGUCAUGGCUUCCAUACUGUUACGGAGUUGGCCCCACCGUGUACACCGCGAACAAGCGUACAACCUCUCUGGGACCUUACAAUCUCCCGGCUACUAUUACGUGCUACCCCAUGUGUCGUGGUCUGUCUUGCUGGCCACGUUCUUCAUGUUCAGCUGCGUCGUAACUGUACACGCGCUCGCCGUUGCAAGUUGCACCAAGUGGCCGAGCGUCGCCGCUGCCGUGGGUGCCGCCUAUUGGGUCUUCGUCGCAAAUGCCAUACCGUAUCACUUCUACCGACCGAGAACCGCUUCGCUGCACGGCUAUCUCUUCACAUCUCGUCCACUCAAACUGGCCUUCUGCGUUUUUCCUUGCCUGGCCACGGAGAUGGUGCUAAGAAUCGCAGCUAUGGAACAAGAUUUCAACGGGUCGGCUGACUGGUCAAUCGUUAACCGCCCGGUUCUUCAGCUGGACAACGUGACCAUCUUGCAGAUCUGGGCUGUGAUGACAGAAACCUUUGUCUUCUUGUCUCUGUGGGUCUGGUACUUCAGCAAAGUUCUCUAUUGGGUCACCGACGUUCCCUUCCCUUUCCUCUUCCCUUUCAUGGUCGAGUACUGGUUUCCGAAGUGCAAGCCCUCACCACAACUCUCAGGUGACGGAGGGCCCGGGAGGUCCAACGGGGACACGCCGACAAUAAUUGAGAUUAGGGAACUCUCUAAGAACUUCGGCACGUUCCCAGUUUUGGAGGACAUCAAUUUGAACGUCUUCAACAAAAAGAUAACUGUAUUUCUCGGCCACAACGGAGCUGGAAAGACAACCCUGGUUAACAUUCUGGCUGGUGUGUUGCCUCCAACGUCCGGUACCGCUAGAGUGUGCGGAUUCGAUGUUGUUCAGGAUUCAGCCGCAGUUCAAAACUGCGUCAGCGUAUGCCCGCAAGAUGACAUCCUGUACAGCGAUCUCACAGUCUACCAACACUUGUACUAUUUCGGCCAGGUACGAGGCAUGUCCUGCGACACGCUUUUCCGAGAGAUUCACGAUGUUCUAGCGCUGCUUGGCUUGACUGAAAUGCAGAACGUGCUUCCCCACACGCUGUCUGGAGGCAUGCGAAGGAGGCUUAGUAUCGCUAUUGCCACACUCUACCCCGGCGAGGUACUUAUCCUGGACGAACCGACAUCGUGUCUGGACCCGGCUGCGCGAUCUGAGCUGUGGACCAUUUUGCUGUCCCUGCGCCUUAAAAGGAGUAUGCUGCUCACGACACACAGUAUGGAAGAAGCCUACACAUUAGCAGACCACAUGACCAUCCUAGUCAAGGGCAAGGUGGCUUGCUGGGGAACACCGACUUUCCUACGAGCCAUUUUCUCUGGCGGAUAUGAAGUUCAUAUGGAGAAAGACGUUUCCAUGGCUCGGGUGCAAGAGAUAAUGGAGAUUAUCGAGCAGACCUGCCCUGACGUCAGGAUCAAGAGCGAAACGCCAACGGAACUGAGGAUUGCUUUGGGUUCUACCGACUGCGAGGGGUUCGAUGUAAUGUUUAGCGAUCUGGAACAAAAGGCCUUUAUCCUCGGAAUACGAAGAAUGAUCCUCUACACUGUCUCCAUUGAAGAAGCUUUUGUGAACGUCAACCUCAGGGAAACUACCAUUGUUAGGGGUGAAAACAUCACAGUCCCGGAAGACGUGGAAGUCAUCCUCAUGCACAGAGCCCGGCAGCCGAAGGCUCUACAGCGCAUUCGAGCUCUUAUCACGAAGCGUGUGAUGAACUACUGGAGAGCUGUGGUACCUUUCAUGCUUGGAGCCUUGCUUCCAGUAGUUGUGCUCCUGGCGGUCAUUCACCAGAAAUCACGGCAAUUUGACGCUCUCUUCAUGGAUACGGAUGAACAUCCCAAAGAACCGCACAAACUGAGUACGGGCGUUCUAAGUUCCGCCAUGGUUGACUACUACCCGGACGGAGAAGUCUUUCUUCAUUAUGACACGGAAAGCACGGAACUGGCUAAUAACUACUGCCUGCCUGUCCUUCUACGGGACACUGCUCAAGUGGACGUCCUCACGGACCCGUCCAGUGACCUCCUUCGCCAAAUACCCGGCGUGAACUUAAGAGGGGAUGCCUACAAGUACGUCCUUGGCAUCAGCAUCAAGCAGGAUAGGGUCGAGGCCUGGUGGAAUCCAUACUUCCCCUACAGCGAGCUCAUCUCGACGUACAUUGCCUUUACUGUCCUCCUCCGUGCCACGACUGGAGACAUCGACGCCAACGUGUCUAUGACGCAGAAACUGCGGGUCGCAUUGACCAAUGGCACUGUCUUGCUCCCUCUUGAGGACAACGCUACGGACGCUGAAGAAGACAUGCUUAUCUUCGCCAAAGGGAUAGGGCUCGUGCAAGAUAUCCUACCUCACGUAUCGGAUGGAUCGGCGCUUAUAGCAUCCAGCGCUGUUGUCUUCAUCAUUCAUGAAAGAGCGUCGGCCAGCAAAUCGAUGCAGCUGAUGACAGGCGUGCCAGCCCCUCUCUUCUGGUUGUCGAGUUUCCUGUUCGAUGCCGCGGUUGCCAUGACGACGUGGAUCAUCCUGGGGAUUGUGUAUGCCCUCCACUUUGAUCUACUACCUGGAAGUGCUGCUGCUCUCUUGGCCUUGACGUCAGCCUUCACAGCUGCCAGCACCAACACCGUGUAUGUACUCUCAUACUUCGUCGACAAACAAUAUGCUGCUUACGCAGGUGCUUUCAUCUUCUUCUCAGUCUCAGGGCACAUAAUAGCCACUGUACCGGAAGGCGUCGUCCGUUCCUUCAUGUUGGUUCUUCCUGGGUCAGCUUUGCGAGAGGGUCUCCGGAAAAUAUUGGCCCUUGACAUCCAGAACAGAGAAUGCCUUUCUCGAAGCGCCGGGCGAGUAUGGUGGUGUCCUAUCGACAACAAUCUCGUUGAUAGCUAUCAGGGCUUGGCCUACUGCUGCGAGCACGAGAACGCCACGUCAGACAUCCCUGCUCUGGUCAACCCGUUCAGUUUCGAGACAGACCUGGGGAUAAUCACGGAGCUUGUCUUCAUGAUAGUCGGGGCCAUUUGCCUUUUCGCCUGGAUUUCAAUUUUGGACAGCGCAUGGAACUACGUGGCGGACAAUCCGCCAAACAUAGCCAGCGUGGAGCCAAAUGUCGAAGCAGAACGUCAACUCAUCCAGGGGCUCGUGGCAAAAAAGAGCUUUUUGGGGUACAGCGCCGUCGUCCACGGACUAUACAAGUCUUACAUGCCUUCUAUGAAAGAGCACGGAGCGGCCAUGUUAGCCGUGCGGGGUCUUAGCUUCACCGUGAAACCCGGGGAAUGCUUCGGACUGCUGGGAGAAAGUGGCGCGGGAAAGUCAACGACGUUUCGCAUGCUUGCUGGUGCGUUGAGACCUAGCAGCGGAGAUGCCUACUCUGGCGGAGUCGUUAUGAGCGAGGAUCUUAGCAAGUGGCGGGCACGCAUCGGCUACUGUCUCCAGGGAGAGGGACUGUUAGACAUGAUGACCGCUACGGAGAUCCUGUACUUGUUGGCCCGUCUUCGUGGCGUACCCGAAGACAGCAUUGCGCGCUGCGUCCAAGCCGUCGUCCGCCUCGUCGAUUUGGAAAAGCGUUCCGGUGCGAUAUGCAGAUCCUUAAGCCGGAGCAAUAAACGUAAGCUAUCCAUAGCCAUGUCCCUUGUGGGAAUCCCGCCGUUGGUGUUACUCGACGAACCAACCAGCGGGCUGGAUGUGUACACUCGAAGAAGAAUCCUUGCCUCCGUGAGCGCUAUCAAGAGCGCCUCUGGAAUGUCCCUCCUCAUCACAUCCCACGACAUGGAUGAAUGCGAGGCGAUCUGCGACCGUAUUGCAAUCAUGCAAGCCGGACAGCUGCGUUGCCUGGGGAACCUCAUUGAACUGAAGUCCACUUACGGUAACGGGUACUUGCUCUCGGUUGCCGUACCUUCCGUUGGCGGAGACGCCCGCGUCGAUGAAGCAGUCCUGGCCACGUUCCAGACGGACGUCCUUCUCAAGGAAGUUCUCAAGGACAAUCUCAUCUACCAUCUGAGCGAUAGGCUGACUCUGAGCAAGCUUUUCGUGAGGAUCAACUACCUUCGGCAACAGUACGACAUCAACAACGUGCUUGUGUCUUGCAAAUCACUCGAAGAUAUAUUCAUGCUGGUCACAAGGACUCAAUGAUUUAUACCUACUACGGUCUUUUUUUGCUGAUAGGAAACAUAUCCGAAAGAGCUGUUCUGAAUAGACAUCAUUUUCACUAUUGA